AUGAUUUAGCAGUAACAAGAGGAUGGUGUAAAGCAAGAAAUAAAAGAGGAGGGAGGUAUCGUAGCUUAGUAUCCUGAAGAAAGUCGAAAUGAUCCUGGUCAUAAGACUUCAACUAAAAAGCGUACCUCUUCUAAUGAUUCAUCUCCUUCAUCAUCUUUCGAGAAUAAGAUUGGAAAGAGAUAUUUAUCCAAUAGUGAGUUCAAAGUACAUUUUUAUGUUCGUCAUGUUCAUAUGAAUGGCAUGAGCGAUAAUGAAUUCUUGAGUUUCAUAAAGAGGAAAGGUAUGUAUUGCAAUAUUUAGUUAAUUUGGCUGGAUCAUGUGAAGUUGUGUAAAUGUUUAAUUAGUAAGGGUCAUUUUGUGAUGUAGCUAUAGGAAUGACAAAUGACGAUAAUGCUAAAUUAGUAUAUAUUGGCAAAAAGCAUUUCAAUUUUGGGCGUAAUGGUAAUUGGUUUUUUGGAUGUUAUUCAUAUAGGAAGAUAAAAAGAGACUGUGGAGUUAAGUGAUGCUUUCAAGAAUUAUUUGGAAAACAAGAAAAUAUUAGAUAAAGAACACUUAGAACGUUCUUUAAGAAGAAAUGUUUUAUAUUUUCUUUAAAUCUUAGCAAUAAUCAAAGGGUAGAAGUGAUAGUAGUGAAUCUUCAAGAAGAUACAAGAGCAGAAGCACAAGUAAGAAGAAGAAAAACAAGAGAGUUGAUAACAAAUAAGUAUGGCAAGGAUCUAAGAGAAGAUCUCCAUCUUCUUCUAGUGAGCCAAGAAGAAUCAAGAAAACAAAGAAAAAUAGACAUUCAUCUCAAAGCUCAUCAAGAGAUUCUAAUAAAGACAGUGUAUAACCAAUAAAGCCUUAAUAAGUGUUUACAGACAAGAAUACUGUGUACAUCUUUUCAAUCCCUUAAGAAGUUAAUGAGUAUGAAGUGAUUUAAGAAAUUGUGUAGCAACAUAAAUAGAGUGUUCCUAUUCAUCAUGUUUGGAGUUAUUAUUUAUUAUAAAUAUUAAGACACUUUAGAUAAGAUGCAAUAUUUGGAAUUAUAGUUUUAAGAUGAAAAUACUGCUCAAUUUCUAUGUAAUAUGAGGCCCUGUUUACAUGUUAAGGGCAUACCACUUUUGGUGGUAGCUAAAAAAUAACGUCCUGUUUAGGAAUUGAUAAGAAAUUAUGAGGUUCAAGUUGAAUUAGAUAAAGAUGUGGCUGCUUUUAAUGUGUAUUAGGAAUUUAAAAAAUAUGGAGAUCUUAUUGGAAUUUAUGUAUUUUAGUUAAAUAGGAAGUAUUGAAGAAAUUUUAAUUAUCAAGUUAUUUACUAUUGUAUUCAUCGUCCUCUUAAUUGCAGGAGGCUUUACGCCCUCCAGUCCAUUUAUAAUUGACUAUUAAUGAUUAAAUAGUUAAUGCUAACGCCAAGAUUAUUGAUAAACCUAUUGAUAUCCAAAGACCCCUUAUCAAAGAUACUUUAGCUUAUUAGCUGAACAAUUAAAUUGAUGAAGAUGAUGACAGUAAAACAAUCAUUUUAUUUUUAAAAGACAAGAAAAGAAAAACUAAAAGAAAAGUUGAAAAACCUUAGAAAAAAUGAG